AUGACUCCCCCGAUGCCGAGCCGGCUGUGCGCUGUCGCGGUGCUGCUAGUGGCCCGCGCAGUCGCAGUCUGCACCGGCCCGAAUGACUUCGGCCGAUCUCCAGUUGGCAUCUCUGCCACCAUGCAAAGCGACGUCAAGGGCAAGGUCACCGUCCAAGUCCUCUGUGGUGAGGAUGCCGCAAUGGCUGCAGCGAGGGCUGCUACCACGCGGAAGACGGCGACAAGUGGUGGGGAGGCGGUGCUUGCAUGCGCACGGAGCCUUCAGGAGCAGUUAGACAAGGAGGCUGAAACCGGCCAGAUCGGAUACAUCGCCCCUCAGAUGCUGGACGAGGGGACGCCGCAGGAGCGCUACCGGCUUCUGAAGACGGGUGGCCAGUUCAGCCGCAGAGCUGCGGAACAUGGCCGCCGGGAGGAGUUUGCUGAGGCAAUAGCCGACCUGCUUCGAGCGCUGCUUCGUGCGAACAUCGACGAGACAGCGAGAGAGAAGUUGAUGAGAACAAUGGUCGACUUUCUCAAGAAGGCAGAGAAGAAAAGGUCGAAAACGGCAGACGACGGCGAUCUUUCAGAGCUCUUCGAGGCCCUCGGCAUGGAAGACGACGGCAAGGACAAUGCCGACCUCGACCGGGCUGCCCUGAAGAGGACCUACCGGGAGCUCUCCAAGAAAGAGCACCCGGACAAGAACCCGGAGUCCGCUGAACGCUUCAACAUGAUCAGAGACGCCUACGAGAUCCUCAGCGAUCCGGUGAAAAUGCUCCUGUAUGAUACAGGCGGCAUGGAUCUGAUCAAGAAGUAUGAGAAAGACGGCGAUGGUGAGAUUGAACGGGUGGAUAACUACGAGGUGACCCAUGACAUCUCCCUGGAGGAAGCUUACCAAGGGGGUGAGAAGGAGAUUCUUGUGAACCGCAGAGUCGUUUGUAGGUCCUGCCGCAUGCGGCCGGACCUCCAGCGCUGUCGGAAGUGUCAGGCCUGCCCUGGCCAGCGCCAGCAGCGGCAGGUCUGGCUCGACCAGUGGCACUACCGGGUCGAGGAGUUCGAGGUCCCUAGCAAUGAGAAGUGCACCUGGGACCGACAGAAACUGAAGAUGCAGAUUGAGCGUGGCACAAUGUUUGGCGAUCGGGCGCACUUCCCGCACAUGGGAAGCCAACUCCCCAAGCACAUUCCAGGCGAUGCUCUCGUGACCCUGCGUGUCAAGAAGCAUCCGGUUUUCAAACGACUGGGUGAUGAUCUCAUGGUCGACGUGCGCAUCAGCCUCUACGAGGCUCUCCUGGGCUUCAAGCGCGAGCUUACCCACUUGGAUGGCCACAUCGUGCACUUCAGCAUGGAGCGAGGGGAUGUGCUGAAACCUGGCGCAGCCCUGGAAAUCCUGGGCGAAGGCAUGCCACACAAAGAGGAUCCGACCUCCGCCGGCAAGCUGGUGAUCCGCUUCCACAUAGACUUCCCGCAGCAAAUCAGUGCGGAAGCCGCUGAUGCCCUCGAGGCAGCCUUGGGACGCCUCCCUGGGCAGCAGCCCAGAGACGCGCGCCUGAACCAGGGCAAGGCCGGCACUGGUCGCCGCAACGAACUCUGA